AUGCCUCCUCGUCUGCAACUCUCGUCCACACAUAUUCCCCGGCCGGUACGGACGCAGAAACGCCUAACAGGACAACAAAAUGUGGUGAUAUACAACACUCGAUAUGCAAGCACCGAAACAGCCGCCACCGCUUCGUCUGCUGUUGUUCCUCCUCCCUCGUUGGAACAAGUCAAGAGAAACCCAGCUCCUAUCGCUCGAACUUCCUCCGUUCAACCUCCUUCUCACAGACGACCCGAAGCACGCCGCUCGCAACUCCUUCGACAAUACACAUCACUUGUCCAAUGGACCGCAAUUCGUCGUGAAUUGACACAGGCUUUGAGGAAAGUCGAUGAACAACAAACCUCUGAGGGGCGAAGUACGACUCCAUUGGCACCGCAUGUGAAACUACAAAUCAUUCAGACGAGUAUCUUUGAAGUUGCUUUACGCAUUGUUGAUUAUUUCCGGCCGGAGAGCGUUACGGGAAAGAUUGCAGCAGAGGAAGAUAUCCUUCUACACGAUCUUUCCAGUACCGUACACAAUGCCGUACGACAUAUGAAGGGCAAGCAUGAACUGACAACCGUCUUAUCCGGUCCGCUUGCCGUUCUUACACUCCCCAGUGUAUCGCCGGAGCAUCUCAAGGCCGCUCUUUCAAUUCUCGCACCCAAGGCGACGGGGUUCUCUGCGCCUCCGCGCAAGGCUAACCCCGGAUACCAUGAAUUGACAGUCCAAGACGGGUUACAGAAGCUGAUGCUUGUUGCGGCCCGAGUAGAUGGCCGAGUAUUCGAUAUUGAAGGCACGAAAUGGGUCGGUAGUAUUGAGAGCGGUAUUGAUGGUCUUCGUGCUCAACUCGUCCAUGCAUUGCAAGCCAUCGGUGCUAGUGUUACGUCCACAUUGGAAGGUGCUGGUAAGAGUUUGUAUCUUACCAUGGAAAGCCGGAGGAGCGUGUUGGAGGAGGAGCAGAAUGGCGGUGAGAAAAAGGAGGAAUCUUAA